AUGACGCUCGCUGCUCCUCAUACCGGCUUUACGCUGAGAAUCACCGUCUGUCACACCUGGAACCAGAUAUUACGGAAUGCAAACUAUCGCACGUCGACGUCCGUCUUUCCAUCGUCUCCGCCGUCCAGCAACAUCGUUGCCAAUUCUUACAAACGCAGAUCGUCUCAAGCAGACGAGAGUCUGAAAGCGACGGGGAGCAUCGAGGAGAAGCCGUGUGACAAAAGCUCCGGGGUGGUGUGUCGCUGCCCAAAGGGAAGCUCCAAGAAGAACGAGAGGGAGACGGCCUGCCGGUGCGCCAGAGGACGGCAACUGGCAGCAAAAGAAUGCGUGCCGUGCCCGCAAGGACAUUUCUCCAGCCAAGAGAACAGCGUAUGUCAGCCGUGGACCAACUGCAGCGCUGGAGGUGCAGAGAUACAGACGCCGGGGACAGACGUUUCAGAUGCGAUAUGUACUAAACCCACCAGCCACCAAUGGACCUCCGCGGCCCAGCUCUCCAACCACAGGACCACGGGAACGGCUUCCAGCAGCUCCAAAAGAAACUCUUCCCACGCCAGCGUCCUCAACAAGGAGGACCACACAACCCUCACCAAAAACAAUGACGUAUCGAUUAAGGACGGCAAUGUUCCUGGACCAUUUAUGAAUUGGGGUACCCUGUGGUUAAUUCUCGUUGGACUCCUUCUGCUUUUCGUCUCUGGGGGAAUCACCAUAAUGAUGGCCAUACGGUUAAAACCCAAAAAGGGGAACAGAAGAUUGUAUGUUAGAAGGUGCAGACUCCCUGUACAGGAAGAAAGCUCCAGCUCCGAUUCCAGCCUUGCCAAGCAGUGCUCGGUGUGAUUGGGAAUCUUGCGCAUGGAUAUAAUCACUGGUAUCCAGUGAGCCUUUAUGGACUAAGCAACGCAAAGAUCAAGAUGACCGCUUUGUGACAUG